CUCAUAAAUAGUCAUAUAAAACCGAAAGCGAGGCUAAGCUAGGUUCCCAUAUGUAAACAACAUGGCGUGCUCCAGUGCAACUGCUACUACGACUGCUUUUACGAAGGAUUUAUCUCUUGUUCCCGAUGUUACAUUCGCAUUCGUUGAGAAUUUUAUUAAAUCUCAAUCAACUAGCUCCGGAAAGGAACAAAUGACUAAAGGUUUCAAGUACUACAGUGAGCAAUAUGUGCAGUCUGUGUCGGUUUAUGAAGAUAAUGAGGGUUGCCUUGUUAAAGGGAAAUGUUACAGAUCACAAAGGAAAAAUGAGUCUCCCCAUGAUAUAAAGGUCUUGAUCAAUCAGGAACAAGUAGAAUAUUCAUUCUGCACAUGUGCCAUUGGACAAAGUGGAUAUUGCGGCCAUGUAACAGCGCUACUCUACCAAAUAGCCUUUUAUAAACUGAUGAAAUAUAAGCUUAUUCCAACAGAUAUUGCAAGAACUUCAUUACCCCAAACGUGGCAUGUUCCAAGAGGUGAAAAACUACAGGGAGAAAAGGUUGACAAUAUUGUUGUGCAAGGGUACGACCGGAAUAACCCACAGAGAGCUACAAAAGGAAUUAAGUCAACCUUAUAUAAUCCUAUAUGUGGAGAGGAGGAAUUGGAUGUGAAUGGGUUUUUGGAUGAAAUCAAGGACCUAAACAUCAUGUUUAACACAUCAGUAGAAAAUUCAACAGAAAGGGUGCAGACAAAAUUUGGCAAUUUUCAAAAAGGAAGUGUACUCAGCUAUCAGCAGAAGUUAGCAACUGAUUAUGUUCUUAAUCUGAUGGAAGUUAAUGACUUUCCAAAUUUGCCAGUGAGGAAUGUAAUGAAGGAUAAUGUGUCAUAUGUACUGAGUGAAAAUCAAGUAAAAAAAUUUGAUUCCUUGAAAUUAACAGAGCUUGAGAGCAUUGAAAUGGAGGAAAGCACCCGGGAGCAGUCGAAUGAUCCGAAGUGGCAUAAACUGCGGCAUGCUAGAAUCACAGCUUCAUCAUCAGGGGAAAUUGCCAAGCGACGGGCAGAUGGCAGAAAACUAGCAGAGAGGUUACAAACAGCUAGACGUUUUCAGUCUGCUGCUAUGAAACGUGGCAUUGAGACUGAAGGUGUUGCUGCUCAAGCAUAUAGUGAGAAAAUGGAUAACAAUGUUAAUCUGUAUCCUUGCGGAGUGGUUGUUAGUCCUUUUUCUCAUUGGUUGGCUGCAACUCCAGACAGGAAAGUUUACUGUCCAUCAAGGGAUCCACCUUUUGGAUUGCUAGAAAUAAAGUGCCCGGACACUGACGACUUGUCAAAAGUGAAAUGUCUUCGAGAGGACAAUGGACAAUUAAAAUUAAAAACAAACGAUAACUACUAUUACCAAGUUCAAAUGCAAAUGGCUGUAACAGGAUUAGAGUGGUGUGAUUUUUAUGUAUGGUUGGAAAAUGUAUCUCACUUGGAAACAAUUUAUUUUAAUGAGCAGUUCUGGCAAUGUGCAAAAGACAAAUUGGAUUUAUUUUUUCUGACUUAUUAUUUGGAAUAAAAUUUGUAUUUCAGUUAUUUGCUAAAUAUGUGAUAUUGUUAGAUGAAAUAAGAACAAAAAAUGUGAAACAUAA